UGUGAAACUUUUAAAACUCAUUUUGGAAGGAAAUCAUUCUAAGCAUACUGCUCUUCAGCACUUCUGCAAUAGGCUAUACAUUCGUAGAGCGCUGAAGAUCCCUCAGAGAAACCAGUGGCCUCUCCAUAACGCUGCUUUCAGAGGCUGUUACAGUGUCAAGGAAGCGGUUUUCCUUUUUGCCAAAUGCCCUCCAACCACUUUUUAAAUGUUUCUGCCUGCUUUCAAAGUUUUUUGGAGUAUUGCUUCCCUUGCCACUAGGCUACCAGGGGCCCCUUGCUACUCUAUAUGUUGAGUACGGGGAUACGCAGGGACAUUCUGAAACUGCGAGUAAGGAAAGACAAGUGGGCUGUGACUGAGGACUGGAGAGUCUGUCCACUGAGAAAGGUGCAAAAGUAUGGUAGUUCUCUCAGGAGUCCUUUUGGCUCCCCCUAGACCCUGAAUGUCGCCCUGUAGUUCACAUCCAGAUAAGUGAUCACUGCACAUCAGUCCAAGAUCACUCUAUGUCUCUUCCACUGGAGGAGUCCUCCAAAGAUUACCAUACAGACCAUUCCCAAUAACAGGAGACAACUGGAAUAUUUAAGACCAGGCAACUUAAGAGAUGAAAAACAGUCUUUGGUACUGGAAAAAUCAGAGUGGGAAUCCUGGUAUCCCCAUUUCCCAGCUGCACAAUCCAUCUGGGGACAGGAACCCACCACUGGGGACAGACGCCUACCACUCAGCCUGCAGGUCAUGGGGAUGAAAGGAGAGAACUCAGGAGGGAGCUUAGCACAGCACCUGGCAACAAACACAGGGUGAGGAGCCAGGGAGCUGUCAGGUCUGUGUGGGUGCCUGCCCUGUCAGGAAGGAAAGAGAAGAGCUGGAGCCUGAAGUGAAACGGACCCAGGCAGAAAAGGAGCAGCAGAGCCAAUCCUGGCUUCUAACAAAGGGGCAGAGAAGGGUGUGCAGGUCCAGAGGGCUGGUGGUGCCACAGAGAGCACAGAGUGGGGCUGGCACUGGGGCUCUGGAACUUCUAGAGGGCUUAGCUCAACCUCCCUCUUCUGUCCUGCCCAUAUUAACACUAGGUUGGUGGGCCUGGCAGUGUGGGAGGGAAGGAGAGGCAGUCCCCCUAUGGUUUGCACCCGCUUGAACCUAGUGACCAAUGAAGCUGCCCGAAGCAGGCAGCCAUCACUUCCUCUUCAGAGCACCCAUCUGCCUAGGGGCCAAGUUGGGAAAUGGCUACUGUGGUGGGUCUUAGCCCAGAAGGGGUGGUAUGGGGAAGGAGAGGAUGAUGGGGAAACUUGGUGCCAGGGUGACCCCAAAUCUCUUGGUUUCUGCCUCUAGGCCGUCCAUUUAGCCACUGAGCACCCACUCUGAGCUGGACACAGGGCUUGGGGGUGGGGAGUCCACAGACAAAUGACUCACAGUCCCAACACCUGGAGAAAGACCUCCCAGUUCCUGGGUCCUUGCCUCCUGCCAUCCUCAGCUCCCUUACCCACCAGACCCUCACCCGGCUUCUCUGAACCCGUCUCUUUUGCCCCUCUGACUUCGUUAUGGUCAGGUCUUAACCAGACUCUGCAGUGUGUGUGCUCUGAGAGGGAAGCGACACAAAGGAAGGGGGGGGGCAGAAAGGAGGGAAUCCCGCUGACAUCACUGCUCAUUAGCAUGUGUGACCUCAUCAGGGGGCGGGACAAUUUCCCCAGGUGUCGGGGGGAGGAGGGCAAGGGGGUGGUAUUUAAGGGAAAAGCUGACAGUGCUGCUGAGUGAGGGAGUGGGUACUGCAAGCCGCGGGGCUGCACACGCACACGGAUGCACACGGACCUCGACACCGACAUGGACAUGGACACAGAAACCACAGCACUAUGCCCCUCCAGCAGCCACCAGGCCUCCCCUCCAGGGACGCCCACACCAGAAACAGAUGCCUCACUGCUGAAGAAGCCAGAGAAGCUGCUGGCAGGGUUGGACCGGGGUGGGCCACCCCCUGCCCCAGGGGCCCCCAGACGAAGAGGCAGUAUGCCUGUCCCCUACAAGCACCAGCUGCGGCGCGCCCAGGCCAUAGAUGAACUUGACUGGCCACCUCAAGCCUCAUCCUCUGGUUCCUCUGACUCCUUGGGCUCAGGGGAGGCAGGCCCCACCCAAAAGGAUGGCAUCUUCAAGGUCAUGCUGGUAGGGGAGAGCGGCGUGGGCAAGAGCACCCUAGCAGGCACUUUCGGUGGUCUCCAGGGAGACAGUGCUCAUGAGCCGGAGAACCCAGAGGACACUUAUGAAAGACGCAUCACGGUGGAUAAGGAGGAAGUGACUCUAGUUGUUUAUGACAUCUGGGAACAGGGGGACGCAGGGGGGUGGCUGCGGGACCACUGCCUUCAGACCGGGGAUGCCUUUCUCAUCGUCUUCUCAGUCACCGACCGGCGAAGUUUCUCCAAAGUUCCAGAGACCCUACUUCGGCUGCGAGCUGGGAGGCCCCACCACGACCUCCCUGUCAUCCUCGUGGGAAACAAGAGCGACCUGGCCCGCUCCCGGGAGGUCUCACUGGAGGAAGGCCGCCACCUGGCAGGGACCCUGAGCUGCAAACACAUCGAGACGUCGGCCGCGCUGCACCACAACACGCGGGAGCUCUUCGAGGGCGCGGUGCGCCAGAUCCGGCUGCGCCAGGGACGGAGCCGCGCCGGGGCCCCGAGGCCCGAGUGGGGCUGCCCAGACGGCACCCCGCCGCCCGCGCGCCGCGAGAGCCUCACCAAGAAGGCCAAGCGCUUCCUGGCCAACCUGGUGCCGCGCAACGCCAAGUUCUUCAAGCAGCGCUCCAGGUCGUGUCACGACCUCUCCGUGCUCUGA